GAAUUGUAGACACAAAGAAUGACCCACUCUCCGUCGUCUACAAAUACCCGCCCGCCUCUUCUUCCUCCCCCUUCCACUCGCCUCGCCAUUCGCCAUUAUUAAGAGCUCCCCGGAGGCAAAAUUUUGCCCCCCAAAAUCCUCGCGUAUUCGUCCCACCCUUGUUCGCCCCCACCUCAGUUAGUUCUCCGCCUAUCGCGCGCCCGCGCAAAGCAUCAACUCUGCUCCACCCACCCUCUGUGCAGACUUAAUCUUGAGGUUCCCGAUUGUCCUUCGGCUCCUUGCCAUUUGCGACGAGAUUUAGCGGCAAGGAUGCGUCUGCAUGCUGAGGUGCGGGAUGAGAUGGAAGAGAGCGAGGAGGGGGCUGUGAUGUCUUCGGCGGCGUUGUCGCCAAUCAUCGGCGCGGCGGCGCCGGCUCCCCGGCUAGUGGUGGGCUACGCCCUCACGAAGAAGAAGGUCAAGAGCUUCCUCCAGCCCAAGCUGCUCCUGCUGGCGAGGAAGAAUGGAAUCAGUUUUGUCUCGAUUGAUGAGUCUCUUCCCCUCUCAGAACAAGGCCCUUUUGAUGUUAUUUUACACAAGAUUACUAGGAAGGAGUGGCAGCAGGUUCUGGAGCUUCCAAGUCAAUGUUACCACUUUCCAUUGCGUUGCUUCCUUAGUUUCUUCCAUUUUCUGAAGGACUAUCAUGAAGAACAUCCAGAAGUUACUGUCCUUGACCCACCAAAUGCUAUCAAGCAUCUGAACAAUCGACAAUCAAUGCUUGAAGAAGUAGCUGAUUUGAACCUGUCAAAUUUCUAUGGAGAAGUUUGUACCCCACGACAACUGGUCAUUACGGAAGAUCCAUCCUCUAUACCAACUGCUGUAGCUAUGGCUGGACUAACUUUGCCCUUGGUUGCCAAGCCAUUGGUUGUUGAUGGAACAUCUAAAGGUCACGAACUAUACCUUGCAUAUGAUGAGGCAUCCUUGUCAAUGCUUGAUCCGCCUCUGGUUCUACAGGAAUUCAUAAACCAUGGCGGGAUCCUCUUUAAGGUGUAUAUCAUUGGCGAAACAAUACAGGUUGUCCGCAGGUUCUCUCUUCCUGAUGUUAACACAUAUGACUUACUAAACAAUGUUGGCGUCUAUCGAUUGCCAAGAGUUUCAUGUGCUGCAGCUAGUGCGGAGGAUGCAGAUCUUGACCCUCUUAUUGCAGAGCUUCCUCCAAGGCCACUUCUAGAGAAACUGGGCAGGGAGCUUCGUGGCCGGCUGGGUUUGAGAUUGUUCAAUAUAGAUAUGAUUAGAGAACUUGGAACCAAAGAUCGGUACUACAUAAUUGAUAUCAACUACUUCCCAGAACUUGUUGGGCCAAACUUUUGUGCCAGCCAAGUGUGAGGAGUAUGCUAACUACAAAUCUCUGGCCUUCUAGGCCAUCUCUGAGUGUUCAAGAAUCCAGUAGGAUCUCCAUGACCAAAUAUCGAUUGUGUUGGGGCAAAAUAGCCUAGCUACUUAUGCUUAGUUCAUCCCGAGAGCCAGUUAUUCUUUGCCAUAAAGGGAAGUUUUUUACGUUGUGGGAAUUAAUCUUUCUACAUAGUUAAGCACAUGAUUGUGACCACUUAUCUGAUGUCUUGAAUACCAUUUGUGCUUCCUUUCGCCAUUACUGAAAAUACUAUGGACACAAUUUGCACUUUAAGCUAUAAUGCAGAACUGUGCUUCAUUGUCUAAAAGAAGAAUAUUGUAUCAGAUACACUAUUCUCCUAACAGUAUCUUCUUCUUUGACCAAUUUAACUGUGCAGUUUAUGACGAUUUCCUUACAAUAGCAUCUCCUAACAGUGUCUUCUUGACGCAAUUUAACUGUGCAGGCUACGGUAAAAUGCCAGGAUAUGAGCGCAUGUUCACAGACUUCUUACUAAGUCUUGCACAAAGCAAGUACAAAAGGUACUUAAGCGGGACCUGAGGUGCAAGGAAGUUUGCGAAGACUGUAUUACUGACAAAAUGGCAUAUAACGGUGGCAGCCAUGCUUCCCUAGUCCCCACCAAUGUACAUUUGCUGGAGACAUAAGCAUAGCAUAAGCCGGAGGCUUGAGGAAGUCGGCAAGUCGCAGUGUAUGUGUUCAAAAGUGGUGGCACAUGCUGGACUGGAGUAGGAAAUAACCAAGGAAAUGCUUGGAUGCCCUGUGCGCAUGUUGUAAAAUGUUUAACUGAAUGAAUGACUUCUUCGUGAUGGACUCCUUCCAUCAUAAUUCGUCAACCGUUUUCUUGAGCCAGAGAAAUAA